AUAGCCGCUGAAGGCACCUCUGUUCCUGUGUGGCUUCCCAGCGAGCAUAAAGUCCUGGAGACAGCGCUGCUGCUCCUGUGCGCUGAGCUGGGCGGCUGGAUCACGAGGUGGAAAUCACAACCCAGCAAUACCAGUAAUCAUGAGUACACUCAUGCCAUAUUAAUUAGGAACUAUACUAUACUAAUACUGGGUAGGGCCCCCUUAGCUCUCAGAACAGCAACAAUUCUUCGUGGCAUGGAUUCUACAAGGUGCAGUAUUGGAUAUGGUGACUGUGGAGGCCACUGAAGUACACUGAACUCACCACUGUGUUCAUGGAACCAGAUUGAGACGACUUGCGCUUUGUAACGUGGGGCAUUAUCAUGCUGGAAGUAGCCAUUAUAAUGUGGUAAAUUGUGGCCAUGAAGAGAUGUACUUGGUCAGCAACAAUACCGAUUGGAUAAUUGUGUGAAUGAACAGGUGUUCCUAAUAAAGUGUCUGGCAAUUUGUCAAAUGGAUCAGGCUGAGUAUGAGAUCCCAGGGCUGAUCGACAUACCGGAGGUUGGGAGUGGUUCAAACUCUUCCAGCUGCCAUUCAGUCUAGUCCCCAUCCAGAUGCCCUGAUAUUUCCCUGCUGGAUUCAGCAGUGGUCACAUUUAGAUCUAUUUUGGAUAUCUUUAUUACCAUCUGUAGUCAUGCCCUGAUCUACAGCCAUUUCCCUCAUCUUUAUGUCCUGCUUUUCUGAUUCUGAUUUUUGCCGAUCAUCCCACUAAUCCUGAACUCCAACUUGGAGCUCCAGUCCAGACAACACAUUUACAGGCUUAUCUUUAAUUCUGUCAUCUCAGUCCAUUCCACUGGCCUUGGUGGUGGUAGCCAACGUAGCUGCUGGGCUACAGCAAUGCUCGGCUGUCUGCUGCGAGGUAGGAGCAUGUCUCAGAGGCUCAGCGUUUUGCUCCUGCUCUUUGGCCUGGCCUGGUGCCUGCUGCUGUUGCAUUACACCUUUACACAGCCACGGCACCAAAGCAGCACCGAACUCCGCCAACAGAUCCUGGAGCUGAGCCAGCGCUAUGUCAAAGCUCUCAGCGCAGAGAACCAUGAACUUGCAAGGCCAUACAACCCCUCAAUGGCUGGAUAUGCUGAUCUGAAAAGGACCAUUGCCGUGCUAUUGGAUGACAUCUUGGACCGUUUGGUGAAGCUGGAGAAUAGGCUGGAUGCUACAGUGAACACAUCAGUUCACAGCCCUUCUCACAUGACAGGGACUGUCAUGCACAGAUCCACUAAACAGAACGAAUCAGGCACAAACGCUCACAGCAAUCAGCUGCCGCCCCAACCACUGACGUAAUCUGGGAGCUAGUGGCUGAUGGGUGGCACCAUUGACACUGUGGUUGCACCAUGACUCCAAGACUGAUAUAUUUUGUGUGUGCGUGUGCGUGUGUGUGUGUGUGUAUAUACAUAUAAAUAUUUCUAUUAGGGAUGUAACCAAGUAUCAAUACUUUAUUCGGAUUGAACUGAAAAUGUGUCCUAAAUGAAAUACAGAUCCAAAUAGUAGGCAGAGUAUUUUUUUUGUUUGUUUGUUUGUUUUUGUUUUGUUUUUAAGAAAGCUGGCCAAAUUGCUUUAGACUAGGUGUAUGCAUUUGGACGGUGACUGGCCCAGAAUGUUCAGGCAUCGGAAAAGUUAGACACUUUUCAUUUCUUUUUCUCAGUCUUUUCACAGGAAGCAAGUUAACAGUGCAUUUCUGAUUUGAAAUACACAGCCAUUAUACAAGGGACCUGACAACCCUAGAACCCUAGAAAUGACCUAGAAGUUCAUUUACGUGACACUGAAUAGUGGAGCUUCUAUUAUAUUUUACCCAACUCCAAACUGGAAAUAAAUUUGAUAAAAUAUUAUUAGAUGGCUAUUAUUGUUAAAUGUAAAUAACAGUUUCAUGAUUUGGGAAAGAGGUCACUGCUUUGAAACAGCUUGCUUACUCAGCCACAUUAGAUAAAAGAUAGAAACUCAUUAGAAAGCUUCUACAGGGUGCGUAAUGCAGGAGUUGAAUAAAGUUAUGUUCUGCAAA